AUGUCCUCUUCUACAUAUCAGUCAGAUUUUCUACAAUUAGCCUUGGAGUCCGAGGCUUUGAAAUUCGGUAAAUUCACAUUGAAAUCAGGCCGUGAAUCCCCCUAUUUCUUCAACUUGGGCUUGUUCAACACGGGCAACUUAUUAUCAAGUCUCGCGACGUCGUAUGCGCAAGCAAUCAUAGAAAGCGGGAUUCAGUUUGAUAUCCUUUUCGGCCCCGCGUACAAAGGUAUCCCCUUGGCAGCGAUCACCGUGGCGAAAUUGGCCGAAUUGAAACCGGAAACGUAUGGAAACAUAGGCUAUUCGUUCAACAGGAAGGAGAAGAAGGACCACGGGGAAGGUGGAUCGAUUGUUGGGUGUCCGUUGAAAGGUAAGAAGAUCUUGAUUAUCGAUGACGUUAUGACUGCUGGAACCGCCAUCAACGAGGCGUUUGCUAUCAUUGCUGAGGAACAGGGCGAAUGUGUCGCAUGCAUCAUUGCCUUGGAUAGACAGGAAUCUACCAAGGAUGACCCCACGAAAUCCGCCACCAAGGCCGUCAGUGAAAAAUACGGCAUUCCCGUGUAUUCCAUCGUGAGUCUCGGCGAAGUCGUCUCCAUUUUAGACGGCAAGAUCAAACAAGACGAUUUAAAAUCCAUAGAGGAAUAUAGAAGUAAGUACGGAGCGUAA